CCGCUCAACAUUUGAGGUUAGCAUUGCUGUUGACCACGCUUAUUUUGUCAAAGUAUACCUAUAACUUCGAGUCGUGGUUAGUUCAUCAAAUUUAUGAUUUUGCGGUUUUGUUGAUAUCGGCAAAAAUGUCUUACAAAGACAAUUUUAACGUGUUUGUCGGUGGAAAGUCAGGGAUUUUCAAAGGAGUGAACGUCAAGGAACAAUCAUGCGUGAUGAAAAAUAUACAAAAUUUAGUCUCUAUCACCAAUCAUCAUGAAGUCACUUGUAUGUCCUGGGGUGAUGAUCACGAGAUGGAGAUUUUGUUGGGGUGCGGUUCAAAAGGUGUGAGAAGUAUUAAGAUUUACGACUCUGAGAGUCAUACCUUCAAGACGUCGUUUAUUUGCGAUCUCGGAGAAGGUAACAUCAAUGGGAUUGCAAGGUAUGACAGUCAUAUUUUAACUGCAGUAGAUUCUGGCCAUGUGAAGUUGUGGAAAAACAGUGAGAGGGAAGAAAACGUACUAAAUGUUGGUGGAAAUUUACUGCGUAUGCGUCAAUCUAAUCAACAGAAAAAUAUCAUUGCUGUGGGAGGAAAUGAAAAUCCAUUGAAGUUGUUUGAUUUGAAGAAGAAUGUUAAUACUUUCACUGCUAAGAAUAUGUCAAACGAUUGGCUACAGUUGAGAGUACCUGUCAAUGUUACAGACAUAUGUUUUUUAACAGACAAUACAAAGAUUGUUACCAUUGGUAAAUAUGGUCAUAUACGUUUGUAUGAUACUAAAGCUCAAAGGAGACCUGUUAUCAACUUGGAAAUGACAGGAGAGGCUUUGAAAUCACUGUCAAAUUGUGUUAAUGAUAGACAAGUAGUUUGUGGAACAGGAAGAGGUAGAAUCAAUUUGAUAGAUUUAAGGAAAGUUGGUAAAAUACUAAAUACAUAUAAGGGACCAGUUGGUGCAGUCACAAGUAUUGGAGUUAGCAGAAUAGAGCCUUAUGUUGUUAGUGUAGGUUUGGACAGGCACUUGUAUGUUCAUGAUAUUAAUUCAAAGGCAUUGUUGAAGAAAGUUUAUCUGACAUCAAAAUUAUCAUGUAUGGUAUUACGUUCUGACUUUUCUAUAAAGGAGGCAGAAAAAGAAGAAAAUGCUGCAAAUAAUAGUGAUGACAAUCUUAUUGGUUCAGAAAUAGAGUAUACUGACAAUGAAAGUGAAGAAGAGAUAUGAAAGAUAUUAGUAUAUUUGUUGAAUACAAGUGUGAAUGAGUAU